AAAACUAAUUGUGAAGAAUCCUUCAAUGUCGAAGCUCUUUUCAGCGUUGUCUCAAUCAUUAUGAAUUGCUCACUUGGUCAUACUGAUACGGCCACCAAGAUUGAAGAAGAUGAGAAGGCUAUUCUAAGCAAUUUCGAGCCACCAGCACAUAUACUGAGGCCUAUUUCUUGUCUGAUGAUGCACACAGAUGAUGACGAGAACCACUCGUAUGCACAUGAAACAACAAUGUCAAUCCUUGAACAGUUAAAACCCUAUUCAUGGGAAUCCAAAGCAGUGAUGGUGCUGGCAGCAUUCUCUGUGGAAUAUGGCACUUUCUUCCAUCUUUCGCAGGUUUCUGCAGAAGACAGCCUUGGGAGAUCAUUAGCAGUGUUGUGCCAUGUUCAUGUCUUCCACAAAAACCUAAGAGCCACUUCUGAUUACAACCACAUCGUCAUGAAUGCCUAUGAAACUGUCAAGAGAAUCAUUGAGUUGAAAAUUUUGUUCAGUGAAGGUUAUGAAGAAGAGUUUGUGCCUUCUUUGACAGAAGCCAUGCAUGAGUUCCCUGCGUUUGUUUAUUGGGUUGUCCUCACCAUUGUUGCUUGUGCUCUUCAUUUUAAGUUCUUCUUGGGUUCUCAUUGGAAGGCCAUAUAUAAUUUAUCGUCUAUCAGCAGCAAGAUUUUCGCGGUUCAUAGCAAAAUCAAGGCGCUUACAGGGAGGAUAAGGAAAGAGAUAGCACACGCAUAUGGGAGCCCCGAAAGUUCAAAAGGAAUGUUAGACAUUUUAAUUGAAGAUUUAGAUCUCUCAGAUUAAUCUUAACUAUGAGGCGAUGGUGAAAAAAAAAAGGAAGGGUUUUGAUGAAAAAGGAAGAAGAAAAUGGCAUAGAUUAAUGGAAUCUUGUAUAGUUUUUUGUUUGUUACAUCAAGUGUUAACCUCCAUAUUUAGCACUCAAAAAUAUUUUUUCAAUAACAUUUUAACAUCUUAGAGUAA